UGAUCGAGAGAACCCGUGACUUUCAUCAGAGGGAAGAGUAGAACUUCUAGACUGACACUGAGUUCUCUUCGGUCACUGUUAAAGUUCAGUACUUGAUUUCCGUAUUUUCCAACAAAUUUCGGAGAGCAAACGAAACUGAAAAUGGCGCAUAAGACAGGCACUUUAAAUGAAGCUCAAGCUCGACUUGAACAUAAAAUGGCUGUAAAUCGCGAUUACAUUUUCCAGCCUCGAAUGUCCUAUAGGACUGUGUCUGGUGUAAAUGGUCCUCUGGUCAUUUUGGAUGAUGUGAAGUUCCCUAAGUAUGCUGAAAUUGUAAAUCUUCGUCUUCAUGAUGGCACCAUUAGGUCCGGACAGGUGUUGGAAGUUAGUGGAAGCAAAGCUGUUGUUCAAGUCUUUGAGGGAACUUCUGGCAUUGAUGCCAAAAAUACAGUGUGCGAGUUUACUGGAGACAUUUUGAAGUCUCCAGUGUCUGAAGAUAUGCUUGGUCGUGUCUUCAAUGGAUCUGGUAAACCUAUUGACAAAGGUCCAACUGUCUUGGCUGAAGACUUUUUAGAUAUUCAAGGUCAGCCAAUCAAUCCUCAUUCACGUAUCUACCCUGAGGAGAUGAUUCAGACAGGUAUUUCUGCUAUCGAUAUCAUGAACUCUAUUGCUCGUGGUCAAAAAAUUCCAAUCUUCUCGGCUGCUGGUCUCCCUCACAACGAGAUUGCCGCUCAAAUCUGUCGUCAAGGUGGCUUGGUUAAAGUCCCCGGUAAAUCGGUUCUUGAUGAUCAUGAUGAUAACUUUGCCAUUGUUUUCGCCGCUAUGGGUGUUAACAUGGAGACGGCCCGCUUCUUCAAGCAAGAUUUCGAAGAGAAUGGCUCAAUGGAAAAUGUUUGCCUGUUCUUGAACUUGGCAAACGAUCCGACCAUUGAGCGCAUUAUUACUCCCCGCCUUGCAUUGACUGCUGCUGAGUUCUUGGCCUACCAGUGCGAGAAACAUGUCUUGGUUAUUUUGACAGACAUGUCAUCAUAUGCCGAAGCUUUGCGUGAAGUUUCAGCCGCUCGAGAGGAAGUCCCUGGUCGACGUGGUUUCCCCGGUUACAUGUACACCGAUUUGGCCACAAUUUACGAACGAGCUGGGCGUGUAGAAGGGCGCAAUGGAUCCAUUACCCAAAUUCCCAUUUUGACUAUGCCCAACGAUGAUAUCACUCACCCUAUUCCCGAUUUGACUGGUUACAUUACUGAGGGUCAAAUUUACGUCGAUCGUCAGUUGCACAACAGACAAAUCUAUCCUCCUAUCAACGUACUUCCAUCUCUUUCUCGUUUGAUGAAGUCUGCUAUCGGUGAAGGCAUGACCCGUAAAGAUCACUCCGAUGUUUCCAAUCAACUGUAUGCCUGUUAUGCCAUUGGUAAAGAUGUCCAGGCCAUGAAAGCAGUUGUUGGUGAAGAAGCUCUUACUCCCGACGAUUUGUUGUACCUCGAGUUUUUGACUAAAUUCGAAAAGAACUUUAUCGCGCAAGGAAAUUACGAAAAUCGUACUGUCUUUGAGUCUCUGGAUAUUGGCUGGCAGUUACUGCGUAUCUUCCCUAAGGAGAUGCUUAAACGUAUUCCCGCUAGUGUUUUGGCUGAGUUUUAUCCGCGUGAUGCGCGCCAAGGCAAAUAAGGACACUAUAAAUCGAGUUGGUAUCCCAUACGGUUGAUUAGAUAAUAAUUCCCUUUCCGCAUUUGCGUCCUUUCAAUAAUUCCAUUCUUUUUAUUGUGUUGAUUGGUGGGAAUUUCCUUUGAGUAGCGAACAAUUUCGUGUUCAGUUCUAGUAUCGAGAUGGACUUGUUGCCAAUGUGAAAUCUGGAUGUGCUCUGAAAAUUGUGUCCUGUUUAUUAUUUUUUUUUUUUUUUUGUUAAAUACAUUUAAUGUCUAUCCAUA